CCUAUUUCCAAUGCAUCGUUCUUUCAAAGCAUUCGCUGGCACGGCGACUGCGACCGCGGCCGUCGUCCUGCGUCCUCAUCGACCCACUGCAACGGCCACUCGAACACUUGCAUCUACCGCCAUGGGUGCCUGCGCAAUGCUUCCGUCGUGUCGCAGUGGUGGCGUUCGCACAAGCGGACCGGCGUCAUCAGUUCUCGCCGGCUUCAGCUCCAACUCCACCUUCAACUCCAGCGCCAGCGGCAGAUCUCGAGCCUUGCUGCGUUCACCGACAAUGGUACCUGCGCGAUCUGUCUUUAUGUGGGUCGAGAAUAUUUUCAAUGCGCCCGACCGCGCUCGGUUGCGCGAAGUUGGCCAGGACAGAUUUGCGGCCGAGUUUGUCUUGCGCAUGUCUGGAAAGCUACGCGUGAACGACAGCGACUCUUGGGUGGAUAGCGAUUCGCAGCUGCAUGGCGGCCAGGAGAUGCGGCUCACCGACGUGGACUUGUCAGACUCCACGGUGACACCUGUGGGAAUGCAGCACUUUUCCAACCUCAAGCAUCUGAAGCGCUUGGACCUGUCGGGCAACUCGUACUUGACGGACGACUCGAUUGCUCGCCUGGUCGACUCGCCUCUGCAAGUUCUCAAUGUUAGCAACACGCCGCUGACCGACAAGUGCGUGUCUUCGUUGACAAGCAUGUCGGCCUUGCAGGAGCUGGAUGUGCGUGAAACCAAAUUGUCUGUCAACGCCCGGUCUCGACUUCAAGCCGCGCUGCCCAAGUGUCAGGUCCACAUCUCGUGAGAGUAUGCGUAUUUGUUUUGGGUGUAUAUAAGCAAUGAAGGAAGAUUUGAACUGGAGCGAGCACGACUUGCGCGACUUGAAAUGUAUCAAAAAGCUGUAACCUUUCAACAUCCUUUCUUCACAUAGCAGCAG